AACGUUCUGGCCCCGCCCCAUAUGCGAAUCGACCAAUCAGAGCCCAAUCUUCUCAGCGAUGGCAGUCUCCUCCUCCUUCUCUCUCCUGAAUCUCUGGAUCCGGGUCUCUCCGACCAAUAGCGGCUAAGAGGGCGGGGCUUGUGCGCGCGCAUCCCGCCCCCGCGCCGGCGCGCCCCUCCCUCAGGCUCCCGCCUUUUAUUCAGUGACGAGGUCUGGCGCACGUCGCAUCCCAGACCCUCCAAGGCCAUGGCCGCCGUGGGAGCGACCCCGGGCAGGACGCCGCAGGGACCGGUCCCCGGGGCAGCCUCGGCCAGCUUCGCCAGCCCCGCCCCCGUGCCGGGCCCCGGGGAAGCCGAAGAGGAGGAGGAGGAGCCGGCGGAGAGCCAUCUGUGUGUGCUGUGGAAUUCAGGAUACUUGGGCAUUGCCUACUAUGACACUAGUGACUCCACCAUCCACUUCAUGCCCGAUGCCCCGGACCACGAGAGUCUCAAGCUUCUCCAGAGAGUUCUGGAUGAAAUAAAUCCCCGGACUGUUGUUACGAGUGCCAAACAGGAUGAGAGUAUGACUCGGUUUCUGGGGAAGCUUGCCUCCCAGGAACCCAGAGAGCCUAAGAGACCUGAACUCAUAUUUUUGCCAAGUGUGGACUUUGGUCUGGAGAUAAGCAAACAGCGCCUCCUUUCUGGAAACUACUCCUUUAUCCCAGACUCCAUGACCACGACUGAGAAAAUCCUCUUUCUCUCCUCCAUCAUUCCCUUUGACUGCCUCCUCACGGUUCGGGCACUUGGAGGGCUGCUCAAGUUCCUGGGUCGAAGAAGAAUCGGGGUUGAACUGGAAGAUUAUAAUGUCAGCGUCCCCAUCCUGGGCUUUAAGAAAUUUGUGUUCCACCUUCCCUUCUGCUUGUUUUCCGUCCUCAGGACCCAUCUGGUGAGCAUAGAUCAAGACACUUACGGUGUUCUGCAGAUAUUUAAGAGUGAGUCUCACCCCUCAGUGUACAAAGUGGCCAGUGGACUGAAGGAGGGGCUCAGCCUUUUUGGAAUUCUCAACAGAUGCCGCUGUAAGUGGGGAGAGAAAUUGCUCAGGCUAUGGUUCAGGCGUCCAACUCAGGACCUGGGGGAACUAAAUUCCCGUCUGGAUGUCAUUCAGUUUUUCCUGCUACCCCAGAAUCUGGACAUGGCGCAGAUGCUGCAUCGGUUGCUGGGUCACAUCAAAAACGUGCCUCUGAUUCUGAAACGCAUGAAGUUGUCCCACACCAAGGUCAGCGACUGGCAGGUUCUCUACAAGACUGUGUACAGUGCCCUGGGCCUGAGGGAUGCCUGCCGCUCCCUGCCUCAGUCUAUCCAGCUUUUUCAGGACAUUUCUCAAGAAUUCUCUGAUGACUUGCACCACAUUGCCAGCCUCAUUGGGAAAGUGGUGGACUUUGAGGGCAGUCUUGCUGAAAAUCGCUUCACAGUCCUCCCGAAUAUAGAUCCUGAAAUUGAUGAGAAAAAACGAAGGCUGAUGGGGCUUCCCAGUUUCCUCACUGAGGUGGCUCGGAAGGAGCUAGAGAAUCUGGACUCCCGUAUUCCAUCAUGCAGUGUCAUCUACAUCCCUCUGAUUGGUUUCCUUCUUUCUAUUCCCCGCCUGCCUUCCAUGGUGGAGGCCAGUGACUUUGAGAUCGAGGGACUGGACUUCAUGUUUCUCUCAGAGGAGAAGCUGCACUAUCGUAGUGCUCGAACCAAGGAGCUGGAUGCAUUGUUGGGGGACCUGCACUGCGACAUCCGGGACCAAGAGACCCUGUUGAUGUACCAGCUGCAGUGUCAGGUGCUGGCGCGGGCAACAGUCUUGACCCGGGUGUUGGACCUUGCCUCCCGCCUGGAUGUCCUGUUGGCUCUUGCCAGUGCUGCCCGGGACUAUGGCUAUUCAAGGCCCUGUUACUCCCCCCGACUCCUUGGGGUACGAAUCCAGAAUGGCAGACAUCCUCUGAUGGAACUCUGUGCCCGAACCUUCGUGCCCAAUUCCGCAGAAUGUGGUGGGGACAAAGGGAGGGUCAAAGUCAUCACUGGACCUAACUCCUCAGGGAAGAGCAUAUACCUCAAACAGGUAGGCUUGAUCACAUUCAUGGCCCUGGUGGGCAGCUUUGUGCCAGCAGAGGAAGCAGAAAUCGGGGCAGUAGACGCCAUCUUCACCCGAAUUCAUAGCUGUGAAUCCAUCUCCCUUGGCCUCUCCACCUUCAUGAUCGACCUCAACCAGCAGGUGGCGAAAGCCGUGAACAAUGCCACUGAGCAGUCUCUGGUCCUUAUUGAUGAAUUUGGAAAGGGAACCAACACGGUGGAUGGGCUUGCACUUCUGGCCGCUGUGCUCCGACACUGGCUGGCCCUUGGACCCACGUGCCCCCACAUCUUUGUGGCCACCAACUUCCUGAGCCUCGUUCAGCUACAGCUGCUGCCACAGGGGCCCCUUGUGCAGUAUUUGACCAUGGAGACCUGCGAGGAUGGGAACGACCUUGUCUUCUUCUAUCAGGUUUGCGAAGGUGUUGCCAAUGCCAGCCAUGCCUCCCACACAGCUGCCCAGGCCGGGCUCCCUGACAAACUCAUUGCUCGUGGCAAGGAGGUCUCAGACUUGAUCCGCAGUGGAAAAUCCAUCAAGCCUGUCAAGGAGUUGCUAAAGGAGAAGCAAAUGGAAAAUUGCCAGAUAUUAGUAGAUAAGUUUCUGAAACUGGAUUUGGAAGAUCCCAACCUGGACCUGGAUAUUUUCAUGAGUCAGGAAGUGCUGCCUGCUGCCACCACCAUCCUCUGAGAGUCCUUCCUCAGUUCUCCUCCAGUUCCCAAACCCUGCUGCAGAGGAUGCAGGCUCUGGAGAGGGAGCAGGAUGCCCUGUGGCAGGGGCUAGAGCUGUUGGAGCAUGGCCAGGCCUGGUUUGAGGGCCGUCUGAGGGAGGCACAGCAACAGCAGCUGCAUCUGGGGGCCCUUGAAUUUUCUGACAGAUUUACACUCAGAGCCUGGUGUCCCCCAGUUAGCCCAGAUUCAAAAGGUGAACAUCUGUUUGCAGAAUCUGAUUCAGGGGAAG